CAUUGUGAAACCAAUUUGGAACGGGUCGUCUGCACUGCACCGGCACCGGGUUGUUUUGGUUUCGCCGUGUCCACUUGAUUCCUUCCCGCACGUGCCAAACGCGCGCACUAAUGAUAGCCCACUAAUGGGCGCGCGAGUCACUGCUCGUCGCCUCCCAAGUCGCACUGAUGUCUCUCUCAGCGUGGACGCAACGUCACGUCCGCACUUGAAUCUGAAGUCUUAUCCCAUUCUACGGAGGCAAUCCCAGCCGCACACACACGCGGGAUUCUCCCAAAGCGAUAGGACAGACUCUUCACUGUGAAAGGGGAAGGAACCAUCAGGAAACACUGGACCUCGGCUGUUUGGAAGGAGAAAAAUAGGAGGUGUCUGACUGGCUGGCUGUGCUGUAGUCUGUCUCCGUCUCCCUCUCUCAACUCCUAGAGCGGAGAGUUCUGUGCCAUUCCUUUCGCUAAUGUCAAGACUCGCACCGCGAGGACUGAAUGGUGCCAAAGCUCACAUCACCUGGCAGACCCAACACCGGUGGAAUUUUUGGGGUUCAGUUAUUGAAUUAAUAGGACAUUUGUUAUAAUUCUGCAAGAAAAUAACAGAGGAGAAGAGGUGACAGUUGAAUCGAAUAUUGACCCAUCGAGCGAAGAGUGGCAUGCACGGUAGGCUACCCGAGUUGUGAACGCAGAGGGCAGAGGGCACCUCGUCGGAAUUCAAAUUGUUUUUAUUCUCUGCAAUUACUGCAAUACGUCCGUUGAGGUUAUUGACACAAAAUAACCAAACAGAAAUAUUUGCAUGAACCUGUAUGUGUCUGCUGUAACUCCAACAGCUUAACCCCUCCAGGUGUUGCGCUCAGGGUGGAAUAAUUCUGCGAGGACUGGACACUUGACAAACGGUUUUACCCGCCUUUCAAAAACUACAAUAAAAAAAAAACACUUGGCUCUUUUUCACUUACUGUAGCUUCAUGUUAGUCGUCUCAAUUGGAAGCACUUUGAAAAAGUUACCGGGCACCAGACCAGCGGAGCACCACGGAGCAAGCCGUCCCCACGCGCAGUUUUCCGGGCGAUGCCAGAGUAGAUGCAGGGGCAAUGUCCCGUCGCAAGCAGGGGAACCCUCAGCACCUACCACUGUCUCUAAGAGAAACAAUACGACCCGAGGCCAAUCAUGAGUUGGGGGUGGGAACUCGCUCCCCGGAGCCGUCCACUCCCAGCCCCACUCCGAGGAGGGCGGGGCCAGGGGAGCAUGACCUCUUGACCUGUGGGAGGUGCCAGACCAACUUCCCUCUGGGAGACAUCCUGGUCUUCAUAGAGCAUAAGAGACGGCUGUGCAAUGGAGGAGGCCGCGCCCCUGGGGGGUUCUCCAAACCAGGCGAGAGGGGGAACCCCGUCUUGCUGCGGGGAGGGGCGGUGCCGGUGGAGGUGGGGGUGCAGGUGACCCCUCAUGGGGAGGAAGAAGAGGAGAGGAGGCUGACGCCUGCUAAAGGAAUCUGUCCCAAGCAGGAAAGAGGGAACACAGAUGAGCCAUCCAGCUACAUCUGCACCUCCUGUAAACAGACCUUCACCAGUGCCUGGUUCCUGCUCCAGCACGCCCAACACACACAUGGCAUCAGAAUCUACCUGGACACACACCCCUCCAACUACACCCUCACCCCUCGCAUGGCCCUCCCCCCUCCCAUGGGUGGUGGAGACUCCCUCCCCCGUUCUCCCUUACCAACGUUUCUAGGGGACACCUCCAACCCCUUCCACCUCCUCCGGAUGGCGGCUCCACUACUCAGGGAGUAUCACCGUCCCCAACACCACCACCACCCCCAUCCACCUCCGGCAUAUCUUGACACCCGGCUCCCCGCCACCCCACCCUUCGUCAGCCCCCCGCCCCCCAGACAUCCCCUUGAACGCCUGGGUCCGGAGGAGAUGGGGUCCCUGCUCUCCCAGCACCCCAGUGCCUUCGAGAGAGUGAUGCGUCUGACCCCAAUGGAACCUCCUUCCAUGGACUUCUCCAGAAGGCUCAGAGAGCUGGCGGUUGGCAACAAUAGUAACAACGGAGGCCCCACACCCCCUCUCUCGCCCACCCGUGUGCCCCCCAUGCACCGCCUGCUGAGUCCAACCCUCUUCCAGCCAGGCUCCAAGCACCCACCGUUCCUCACCUACCCCCCACAGCCCCCCACGCCUCAGGGAGACCCAUCCACUACUCCGCAGGGCCAGAACCAAGCCCAGGUCCAGGUCCAAGCCAAGUCCAAGUCCUGUGAGUUCUGUGGGAAGACCUUCAAGUUCCAGAGCAACCUGAUAGUCCACAGACGGAGUCACACAGGAGAGAGGCCCUACAAGUGUCAUCUGUGUGCCCAUGCCUGUUCUCAAGCUUCCAAGCUGAAGAGACACAUGAAGACACACAUACAUAAGUCAGGCUCCAUGGGGAGCUCCCCUGAACAGGGGAACAGAGGAGAGGGAGGAGAGGGGGAGGGGAAGAGCAGAGAGGGGGAGGGAAAAAUGGGGAUGGACAACGAGGAGGAGGAAGAGGAGGAGGAAGAGGAAGAAGAGGAGGAUGAAAUGGAGGAUGAGGAGGAGAUGAGGAACGGCCUAAGUAGGCCUGAGUCUAACCUAACCAUGGACUCAGAGUUCCACAGGAACAUGGAAAACGGGUCGAGGCCUUCCCCAGACGAGAAGCCUCAUGGUGGGAAUAGAGUGAUGGAGAACGGAGGGGUGGGUAUCAUGCACCCAUAUAACCACCUGGACAAUCACUUGAGACUGGCCCCUUCCAAGCGGACCAUGAGUCUGGACAGGGAGAGGCAUCCUAAUGGAGAGUCAGGAGAAGGAGGAGAUGCUGGGAGGGGGGAGAUGGAGAGAGAGAGGGACAGAGAGCGAGCAAUGGACAGAGCGAUGAACAGAGAAAGUGGAAGAGAAGAGAGGCCCUUGAUGAACGGAAGGAUUAGUGGGUCAGAAGACUCCUUCACUGGUCUGUUCCACCGCCGGCCCACCCCCAUCACCUGCCCCAACCCCUCCAACAAGAGAAUCAAGGUGGAGAAGGAGUUGGAGCUCCCUCCAGCGCCUACCCUCAUCUCCCCAGAGAACAUGUACUCCCAGCUCCUGGCCGGCUACGCCGCCUCACGCCACUUCAUCAGGGAACCUUUCCUUCGCGGCUUCGGCGACGCCCGCCAGUCCCCCUUUGCCACCUCCUCAGAGCACUCCUCCUCUGAGACGGGUUCCCUCCGCUUCUCCACCCCUCCUGGGGAGUUCCUGGAGGGCAGCUCCACCCCUCACCUCAUGCGGGGUCCCGGACCGGCUCGACCCCCUAGUAAGGAGAGCCGACGGAGCGACACCUGCGAGUACUGCGGGAAGAUAUUCAAGAACUGCAGCAACCUGACGGUGCACCGGCGCAGCCACACAGGAGAGAGGCCCUACAAGUGUGACCUGUGCAGCUACGCCUGCGCCCAGAGCUCCAAGCUAACUCGCCACAUGAAGACCCACGGGCAGUUUGGGAAGGAAGUGUACCGCUGUGAUAUCUGCCACAUGCCCUUCAGCGUCUACAGCACCCUGGAGAAACACAUGAAGAAGUGGCACGGGGAACACUUGAUGGCCAGCGACGUAAAACUGGAGGAGGCUGAGAGAGGCUAGGUUACGCUAGGCUAAAGCUAAAGCUUAAGGCUACAGGCUAGGCUAAGCUAGGCUAACACAACAGACUCCUUCUGAAUGAACACAUACAGGACUUCACACGGGGUUUGGCUGGAUAAUCUUUCUCCUCUUGAAUAUUUUAGGACAAUUUGAUGUAUGUUAUUCUGUUUUUGUUGGUUCUUUUUGUCACAGAAACUGCCACCUGAGAAACAUAAACAAAGGAAAACAUGGAAUGUGGGAUUGUUCUAGAAGCGCUUUGUUUCCCACCAACUAUUGAUCUAUCUGAGGAUUUUAUCAUUUAGGAAUCCCUGGAGCUUUUCUACUGUGCAAUAAUGUCUGUAUUUAUGGGAGUUUUGUAAAGAUAUUGGGCAUGCGCAGUAAAAAAAAAUCCAUUACUGGAAACAGAUCACACUUGAUUAGAAAUAUGAUUUUAAUUGUUAACUGACUAAAUUAAUGCGAAGAGGUCAACUUCUAAAAAUUAUGAUAGCAAAUAUUUAUUUUUAAACUGUCUUAUCAUUACCCUUUUAGGUCAACAGCGGACUACAAUCCAUCUCCUCGUAUGUGACAUAACGCACUGAAUGUCAAUAUGACAAUAAAAUAUGAAUUAUAAUUUUAGAAUUUAAAAAAUCCCAAAUGUUGUUGUGUUAUAAAAAUCUGAAGAGGUUACAGACAAUUUUAUACAAACAAAAUGAUAUUUUUUAUAAAUAUCAGCAUGUGUUAUACAAUGUCUAAAUGCAAUUAUUAUAAUGAUGUAAUCCAGCCGUAUGUUCCCAAUAUGAGCAGGGGAUGUAAAUAGCGGUUGCACACAUUGACUAACAUUCCUUAGAUGCAGGAUUAAAUCGCCAUAGGAUAUUUGACAUACAUCAGUUGAUUUGCUGUAGUAACUGUGGAAAGGAGAACUGUUAUAUACUCCAGAUUUGCUGUAGUAACUGUGGAAAGGAGAACUGUUAUAUACACGUUUAUUUGUGGAUGUUUUGGGAGGCCUUUUUUUAAUUCUUCAAACAUUAUCUAAAUAUUUGUUUUUCUUUGAUCUAUAAUACCAGCCCUGUAUUUUACAUUCAGAAUGGCCACUAUAAAUCAAUCAAAAGACUAGCUGCUUGAGUUGUCUACGUACUGAAUAGUAUAGCUACAUUUUUGUUGUUUUAAAACUAACUUUACCAGAUUAUUGCAAUACAGGUCCUCUCAAUAGUGCUUCCUUCCUAUGGUCAUACUGUUUACAUUUGAACAACAUAGUGGCAAGGUCGUUACUCCCUCUUGACACUUGAUGAAGCUUAAUCAAAGGCAAUUAGUGAAGUUAAACUUUUAAACAUUCUACAUCGUACAGUACAUUCCACUUCUAGAAUCAUUCCAUUGUUCCGUCUGGUGAAUUCUAGAACAGUAAUGUUCUGUUCGACCUGGGUGAGUUCUGAUCCCCUCAGGAUUCAGCUAAACCAGUAUCAAAAUGUAUUUCAUAUCAAUGCCUGUGUUUCUCCACUGUGUGCUCUAAGCCUCAAUCUGCCUGCUUUCACACCUCACUAACUCAACACUCAUGUAUUAGUAGAGCAGCUUUGAAAAAGAAAAAGUGGGGGUUGUUAAUGUUGCUUCUCAAAGUGAUAUGGGGGUUUAACACCCAAUAACAGAUUUACAAUUUGGGAUUUUCAGCUGUGAGGAAUGAGGAUGGCUCAUCCUGGGAUGUAGCUAAAAAAAAGGCUUUUGGGUUACAUUGAAUUAUGUUCAAAAUGUCCAGCACAGCUGUUAGGAUGAUGGCCACACGACCUUGAGAUCUGAUUGGAUCAUUCUUGAGGUAGAACACGAAAGACUGAAAUAGAGAAAAGAGAGAGAGAGAGAGAGAGAGAGGAAAGAAAGAAGGAAAGAAAGAGAGAAAUAGAGGGAAUGAGAGAGAGAGAGAGAGAGAAAGAGAGAGGAAAGAAAGAAAGAAAGAAAUAGAGGGAACGAGAGAGAUGCGCGUAAGGAUCAUAGUAAUUCAAACAAAAUGUAAAGCAUAUGAAAAGUCUAUUUAAACCCAAAUGCAUAUCUGCUUGUCAAAUCUAAUACCAGUGACAUCAGAGAGAGAACGGACCAAUAGUAGGGAAGAUUUAGGCCACAUCACCCCUUUAUACAAUCAUCUCCAACAGAGUAAAUUAUCUCACCUCAAACAUAUCACCUCACAUACCUGCUUUACAUUUGCUGUGUGUUUUUAGCCAAUUGGACAUGGGUGUGCUUCCUAUUUACUAUCAGCUUGUUGACCGAAAUCAGAUUUUGAUAUACAAAAAAGAGUGAAUAUUUACGGUAUUCCUACACAUAGUUCUACAAUUCUCACUUCACAACAAGUUUGAUAAAAGCUAUUGAAAUGUGAAUGUAGUUAUGUUAUAUUUGCAUUGAGAAAGUGGAGAGGAGAAAACUACAAUUCUCAAUUUUGAACAAGUUUCAUAUAAAACCAUUAAAAUAUGCCUUUUUUGGAGUUUAUUUUAUAGCAUUGAGACAGUGGAUAGGAGAAAUCAGGAAGACAGACAGCAGAACAGAACAAGUCAAAUAGUACAAGGACAUUCGGUCUCAGAAUAAAGUUUACAGUGUUUGAAGUAUGUUAAUGAUGAAAUCCUCUGUGUUUUGAAAUAACAAAGUAUUCUUUUCUUCAAUGUUUUGAGUGCCAUAGCGAGCAGUUUUCUAUGAUUAUCAUGGUGGAGGGAUUUUAAAAUAGAUUCUUAUGACUAGUUAAGUAUGAUUUCUUGCUCGCUGUAUGACAAUAGCCAGUGUAUUUGUAAUAUUGACAAGUGAUGCAGAAUUUUUUUUUUUUAAGAGGUGCCAACAUUCUGUUAUAACCUAUGUUCACAGUCCGAAUCCGAUUUUGAGUCGAUUCAAAUGGUGUUGCUUUUUGUCAAUGUUUAAAAAAAAAUGGUUUUUUUUGGUAAAGCUAUCCUUAGAUGUAUGUUAAAAAAUACAAUAACAAAAAUUUGAAAAUGUUUUGAAAUCAUCCAGAAUAUCAGAGGAAUUUUGAGAUUGGGAUUUUUAACAAUGGGUUCUGGGAGAAAUGCUUUUCAUAACAUGUAUAUUAGGAGACAUUCAUGGACAACAUUUCUUCUCCUGGUUGGUAGAAAUUAUUGUGAUGGCGCUUAACAUGACAUUUUAACACAUUUUCAACUUUCACAACUUUUUGCUAUUUGUAAAAAAUAAUAUUUUUCUUGUUUUUUGAUGGACUGCAUUAUUGUCCAAAGCAGCAGUAAUGUUACAGAUCAGCUGCUUUGAAUAUAUAUGUAUUUUUGUAAUGUGCUGAAAAGAAAGUCACCAAGUCCAAUAAAAGUUUCAGUUGCCCUA